AUGAAGGACGCUGUUAGCACCUGUUUAGAGCAAUUAAAGAAUAACUUCGGGAAGUACCCAAAAUUUGUUCAGUUUGAUCAAGGCACAGAGUUUUGAUCAAGGCAACAAAGAAGUAAAGUCGUUGCUUAACAAACAUAACAUUGAGUUUUUCUCCACUUACUCAGACUUAAAAGGCUGCAGUUGUGGAAAGGUUCAACAGAACACUGAAAGCAUUAAUGUGGAAGUACUUCUACAGUGCCGGUUCAUAAUUUGGGUUAGAUGUCCUUCAAAACUUAACCGAUAAUUACAACAGUUCAGUGAACAGAUCAAUUAAAACAAGACCGGAUAGUGUUAAUGAGUCCAACUGGACUGAAGUAUGGAAGGCACUUUUCAGUCAUGACCUAGGUGAACCACCAGAGCCAAAGUUUGCUAUCGGAGAAAGUGUCAGGAUUUCAAAGUACAAAUCAGUGUUCACAAAGGGGUACAAGGCAAAUUUCACAGAGGAAAUAUUCACUGUGAUGGAAGUGUACCACGCUCAAUCAAACACAUACACAAUCAAAGACAGUGCUGGUGAACCAAUAAUUGGUAGGUUCUAUGAACAGGAGCUUUAUGGCGCUGAGGGAAGCCAACCCGAUUUCAAGAUAGAGAAAGAACUAAGAAGAAGGACAGUGAAAGGUAAGAAGAUGGCUUUCGUUAAAUGGUUAGGUUACGGUACCAAGUUUAACAGUUGGAUACCAGCUGAAGACAUUAAGUCCAUAACAUAG